UGCCCCAGCCCGAGCCUGCGCCAAGCUCGGCUCCUAAUCCUGCCGGCGUACGCGAGAGCGCCCAGCGUCCCGGCCACCUCCCGGGCCUCUGGCUGGGGACUCAUGGUCUCCUGGAGUCCCCGGAGCUUGCGGUCUCUAAGUCUCCAGUCACCACCCUGACCCAGACCAUGCACAAUCUCGCCGGGCUCGGCAGCGAGAACCCAAAGAGUCUGCCCUUUCGAAGCCGGCUGACACACCUAUCCCUGUCAAGGCGGGGAUCUGAAUCAUCCCUGUCAUCAGAGUCCUCUGAAUUUUCUGACGCAGGUCUCUGCAUGGAUUCCCCCAGCCCUAUGGACCCCCAGAUGACAGAACAGACGUUUGAGCAGGCCAUCCAAGCAGCCAGCCGGAUUAUUCGAAAUGAGCAGUUUUCUAUCAGACGUUUCCAGUCCUUGCCCGCACGGCUGCUGGGCCACAGCCCUGUGUUACGGAACAUCACCAACUCCCAAGCACUGGAAAGCUGGAGGAAGAGUGAGGCAGGUGACAGAGCUGCCGGCAGUCCUGGGGAAGACAAAGAAAAUGUGAGCUACUUCUGGAAGGCCCAAGUGGGAAACCUCCAGGGAAAGAAGGGGGCAUGCAUGCCUGGUGGUUCUCUGGCAUCCAGUGAUGCCCCUCCUCUUGCAUCUCGCCCACAGAAUGGAUUUGUCUUCAAGAUGCCAUGGAAGCCCAUGCAUCCCAGCCCUGCCCAUACUCUGGCACAGUGGGCCAGCCGCAGAGAGGCCUUUACCCAGAGGCCAAGCUCAGCCCCUGAUCUGAUGUGUCUUACCUCUGAGCAUAAGAUGGAAGUAGAGGAGCCCAGCCCCUUGGCUCAGUCCUGCUCUCUGACCCCUGCUGAGGCAACUACUGAGGAAGAUGAUGGAUUUGUGGACAUUCUGGAGAGUGACUUAAAGGAUGAUGAAGUAGUUCCCCCAGGCAUGGAGAGCCUCAUUAGUGCCCCAUUGGUCAAGACCUUGGAUAAGGAAGAAGAACAGGACCUCAUCAUGUUCAGCAAGUGCCAGCGGCUCUUCCGCUCUCCAUCCAUGCCCUGCAGUGUGAUCCGACCCAUCCUUAAGAGGCUAGAGCGGCCCCAGGACAGGGACAUGCCUGUCCAAAAUAAGCGGAGGAGGAGUGUGAACCCCCUGGAGGAGGAGCAGCAGCCUGAGGAACCUAAAGCCCGUGUCCUCCGCUCAAAGUCCCUGUGCCAUGAUGAGAUCGAAAACAUCCUGGACAGUGACCAUCGUGGGCUAAUCGGAGAUUACUCCAAGGCCUUCCUUCUACAGACUGUGGAUGGCAAACACCAAGACCUCAAAUAUAUCUCACCCGAAACGAUGGUAGCCCUGUUGACCGGAAAAUUCAGCAACAUUGUGGAGAAGUUUGUGAUUGUGGACUGCAGAUAUCCCUAUGAAUAUGAAGGAGGGCACAUCAAGACUGCUGUGAAUUUGCCUCUGGAACGGGAUGCUGAGACCUUUCUGCUGCAGCACCCCAUCAUGCCCUGUAACCUGGACAAGAGAAUCAUCCUCAUUUUCCACUGUGAAUUCUCAUCUGAGCGUGGGCCCCGCAUGUGCCGAUUUAUCAGGGAACGAGACCGUGCAGCCAAUGACUACCCCAGCCUAUACUACCCGGAGAUGUAUAUCCUCAAAGGCGGCUACAAGGAAUUUUUCCCACAGCACCCGAACUUCUGUGAACCCCAGAACUAUCGGCCCAUGAAUCACGAGGCCUUCAAGGAGGAGCUGAGAACCUUCCGCCUGAAGACACGCAGCUGGGCUGGGGAGCGAAGCCGGAGGGAGCUCUGUAGUCGGCUGCAAGAUCAGUGAGGAACUGGUGCCAGUCCUGCCACCAUCCUGGCCCUGUGAGGCCCUGGUGCCUAUUGUACCAUGGGCCUUCUAGAGGCCUCAGGUGCUAUCCAGGGGGAAGACAGCAUGGGUGUCCUGUCUGCCCCUGUCCCUGAUUUCCCUUGUCUCACUCCAGUCAUUUUCCAUACCCUGGUGAUAACACCACCCCUGGAAGACCCCGGCCUGGUGGGUUAAAACCAGGUCAGAGGAAAUAUUUUGGGUUCAGCAGGAACCUUUUUGCUUUUCUUCCUUCCUGUUUGGGUCAACUCUUUUGUCUUCCUGGUCCAGAAAAGUCCCUUUAUGUAUGUGUCAGCUGAGGCUGUUGGGAGAGCCUUGCCCCUGAGGACAAGGAUGGGCCAGGGCUGCCCCUGCCUCUGCAAGAAUCAUAGGUGUGUCUGCACGUUGCCCCUUUCUUUUUCCUGUCCCUCUGUCCAAGCACCUCCAGUGUAAACAUAAGCUCUUACUCUUUCCUGUUGCAGUAUUACCUGCGUGCUUGAUUUGUUUGUCUAACUUUUACCUGUCCCAGGACACACUGGCUGUGUAGUCUCCCCCUGUCCAGUUGGGGUUAGAGAUUCAACCAGCAGUUACCCCCUGGUCCUGGCUUUUGUUGCCCCAGAAAGGGAUGUUAUUAUCUUUGGAAGUUCCUGAGGAAGGAGCUAAGGCCUGAAUCGGGAACCUACUGGAGGCCCCAAUGCUGUGAAUCCUAAGGCCUGACUGGUCAGAACUUGCUGCUGUCCUGUCAUGGAUGGAUGGAUGGAUGGAUGGAUGGAUGGAUGGACUGUGGGCGGGUGGAUGGCCAUGAAUGCAUGGUGCCUUGCACACACAUGUGCAUAUAAAUUGAGUGGAAGCAUUUUGGUGAACAUGCUAGCCUGUGGCAGGAAUGUAUAUGUGAACAAAAAGUCUUUACAGUUCAUUUGGAAAUAUUCAAGAAAAAAAUUGUUCAAGAAAAAAUGUGGAAGCAGCUAAACCAAGGACUGAGCAACCUCUGGAUUCUGAAUCUCAAAGUGGGGGAAGGGUUGUGCUUGAAGGCCCCAUGAGACAUCUGUUAAGGCCUUGGUUCAAUAAAGCACUGAGCAAGUUAAGAAA